AUGCCAAAGAACAUCAUGACUGCAGAGGAAAAGCUGAAGGUCAAGAUUGAGAAGGCAAAGGAGGAAUUGAGCGCUAAGGAGGAUCUAGCUGCGGCGCGACGUACAAAGAAGCAUGACAUGCGCGACGAGCGGGCCAAGAAGCAAAAGGUAGACUAUCAGCAGCGAGAGGCAAAACGACGAGAGCAAGCAAAGACUGACAUUGGUGCAGAGAUGGCAAGCGCCGGAGCUGCGAUGGCGACUUCUUGUGAGGGUGACUUCGACAUCGAUGUUUACGAUAACUAA